AUGAAAAUUGAGCAGGUUAAGAUUACAACUCAUGAAAAACGUGUUGCAACUCAUUCUCAUAUUAAAGGUCUUGGUUUACGUCCUGAUGGUACAGCAGAACCCAUUCAAUCAGGCUUUGUAGGUCAAGAAAACGCACGCGAAGCUAGUGGUAUUGUUGUUGAAAUGAUUAAAAGCAAAAGUAUGGCUGGUCGUGCUUUAUUAUUUGCUGGUGCUCCAGGCACUGGUAAAACAGCCAUUGCUCUUGCUAUUGCUCAAGAAUUAGGUCCUAAAGUACCCUUCCGUCCUAUGGUGGGCUCUGAAGUUUAUUCAAGCGAAAUUAAAAAAACGGAGGUACUCAUGGAAAACUUUAGAAGAGCUAUUGGUUUACGUAUGAAAGAAACAAAGGAAGUUUAUGAAGGUGAAGUAACUGAAUUAACUCCUGAAGAGACAGAGAAUCCUUUAGGUGGUUAUGGAAAAACUAUUUCACAUGUCAUUAUUGGUCUCAAGACAGUAAAGGGAACAAAGCAAUUAAAAUUAGAUCCUAGCAUUUAUGAAUCUAUUCAAAAAGAAAAAGUGACUGUUGGUGAUGUUAUUUAUAUUGAGGCUAAUACUGGUGCUUGUAAGAGAGUGGGACGUUCAGAUGCAUAUGCUACAGAAUUUGAUUUAGAAGCAGAAGAAUAUGUUCCCUUACCAAAGGGUGAUGUUCAUAAGAAAAAGGAAGUUAUUCAAGACGUGACUCUUCAUGAUUUAGAUGUUGCUAAUGCAAAACCAGAAGGAGGACAAGACAUCAUGUCAAUGAUGGGUCAACUUUUAAAGCCUAAAAAGACAGAAAUUACUGAAAAACUUAGACAAGAGAUUAACAAAGUCGUUAACAAGUAUAUUGAACAAGGUACUGCGGAACUGGUACCUGGCGUUCUUUUCAUUGAUGAAGUGCACAUGUUGGAUAUCGAAUGUUUUACAUAUUUGAAUAGAGCCCUUGAAUCACCUUUAUCACCCAUCGUUAUUUUUGCUACAAAUAGAGGCAUGUGUACUAUUCGUGGUACAGAUGAUAUUGUUUCUCCUCAUGGUAUUCCAGUAGAUUUACUUGAUCGUCUUUUGAUCAUUCGUACUCUUCCUUAUACAAUUGAUGAAAUUAAAGUUAUUAUUACAAUUAGAGCAAAGAUUGAGGGAUUAACAAUCGAGGAUGAUGCUGUCGAACAUAUUGCAAAUGCAGGCAUUAACUCUUCUUUAAGAUAUGCUGUUCAACUACUGACACCUGCUAGUAUUCUUUCUGAAAUUAAUGGUCACUCAUCGAUUACUUUGGAUGAUGUUAAAGAAGUUGAUGAUUUAUUCUUAGAUUCAAAGAAAUCAGCUCAACAUUUAAUGGAACAAGAAUCACAAUUCCUUGCUUAA